CAGGCAUGUUAUAUAUUUACAAUACAACUCAAGUCAAUUGGAACAACAAUGGCGCAACAAACAAUUAAACACGUCUCCACAGCUCGAAUAUUGCUGCUCGGCCAAGCAGGCGUUGGUAAGUCCCGGCUAACAGAUCUGCUGGCCAGAAGCGUUGACACGCCCACGCCCUCCACUAGGAGCGUCGGCGACGUCUGGUGGAAUGUGCAGGUGCGCCUGCACGAGUAUCCCUGUAAUAAGGGGAUGCCACCCACACCAGAGUGGACAUCGUCCUCGUCGCCCAGCUCCUCGCACAGCUCCGAGCGCUUUGGCUCCUCGUGUAAGCUGUUUCGGCGCAGGGCGGAGGCCGCGUGUGACAUGAUCCCAUAUUUUGUGGAAUUUUACGAUUUAAAGAGCUCGUUGCGAAUGUCGCGCGAGCAUAGGAAUCGUCUCUUUCGCAACAUCGAUGGCAUUAUAUUAGUGUACGAUCUUUUAGAUAUGAGCUCGCAUGACAAUUUGCACGAUUUGCUGUAUCAUCCACUGCGCCAGAUCUGUCGGCAUCGCCACAAGCGGCUCCGACCCAUCUUAAAACGUCGCCACGUGCCCAUCCUAGUGGUGGGUACCAAACUGGAUAUGUUGAAAACGCGCCGGUUACGUCGCUCGGGCGGCAUUGCCGGCCAAUUGGGUGCAGAUGAGAUAUUACUCAAUUGCUUGGAUCCCGACAGCUUGGCCGAGAAAUCUCGCAACGAGGGCAAACUGCGAAAAUUUCUCAACAAUGCCGUCGACUUCAAGCAAUACUUUCCAGCCAGACGCUACUGAAUCUACAUGCUAUUAUCUGUAUAUUUUGUACAUUGAGUUUUUUAGUUUUAAUAAGGUGUAUUUAUUUUU